AUGAAUGGACUUAACGGGUCUUUCCCAUUCCCAGGCUUGUGUGAAUUGAAGAAACUUCAGGAAUUGGAUAUUCGUUAUAAUAGCUUUCAAGGGACCCUUCCUCCGUGCCUAAAUAAUUUGACAUCUCUUAGGAUUUUAGAUCUGCACGAUAACCUAUUCAGCGGGUCCAUUCCCCGAAAUUCAAUACCAAGUCCGAACUUUCUUCAGUACAUGGAUAUUAGUGGUAAUGAUUUUGAAGGUUCAUUCUCGUUCAGCUCCAUUUUCAAUCACUCCAAGCUUGAGGUAGUCAUACUUGGCAGCACUGAAAACAAACUACAGUUUGAUAAUGAAAAUCAAGCUCGGAAUCCGCUGUUUCAACUGAAGGUAUUGCUGUUAUCUAAUUGUAACAUGAAGACCGCUCCAAACUUUUUGCUUAACCAACAUCGCUUAAGAGAGGUUGAUCUCUCUCACAAUAAGUUGAAUGGAGUGUUCCCUUCCUGGUUGCUUCAAAACAACAGUGAUCUAAAAUUUCUGAAUGUCAGGAAUAACUCCUUCACUGGGCGAUUUGAUCUUCCCCUGCAUCCUAUGAAUCGUAUGGUUUAUAUAGAUGUAUCAUGCAAUCAUCUUGAAGGGCAGCUUCCAAAAGAUUUAGGAAUGAAACUUUCAAAUUUGGAGUUUCUCAAUUUUUCCAAGAAUUACUUUGAAGGUGAACUCCCACCCUCAACCGGUGGCAUGAGAAAGUUGCAGAGGUUGGAUUUAUCCUUCAAUAAUUUCUCAGGGCAAGUUCCCAAGGAAUUGGCAGCAUAUUGCACCAGUUUGGAUAUUUUAGUGUUAUCCAAUAACAAAUUUCAUGGUGAAAUUUUUUCCUCUAACUUUAACUGGAGCAUACGACCAGAAGAGUUGAAAUUGGGGAACAAUCAGUUCACUGGAAGUCUAACAGCAAACAAGGAUUUCUAUUCUGCCUUACGAGUUUUCGAUAUUCGCAACAACAUGAUGGCAGGUAAGAUUCCUAGCGGGAUGGCUGAUAUAAAAGUCCUUUUUACGCGGAACAAUUAUUUUGAAGGCCAGUUUCCAUGCAACGAACAUUUCAGGUCGGCUAUCAUUGAUUUUUCUCAUAACUUUCUAUCGGGACCAUUACCUUCUUGCUUUGACAUGUACGGCAUACAGCAAAUUCAUUUGCAAGGGAACAAUUUCACGGGAUCAAUCCCAAAUUCUCUUCUCAAGUCCACAACUCUUUCCGUGUUGAACUUAAGAGAUAAUAGUUUGUCUGGCGAAAUUCCUGCUCUGAUUGGUGCACUUCCUGACCUGAGAAUUCUUUUGUUAGGAAAUAAUCGUUUAAGCGGUUUGAUUCCCAGGCAGUUGUGUCAAUUAAUAGAAAUAAGCAUACUGGAUCUUUCCAACAACUCCUUUUCAGGGUCGAUACCAAGCUGUUUGAGUAAUAUCACCUUCGGAACAACAAAUAAUUUGUAUUAUAGCUUCAAUAUUGCACCAGAACCUUCUUUUGCCCAGUACGAUAUGGAUCAAGCUGAUAAAGAGGAUGAAAAUCUCCUUCGAAGCCACAGUACCUAUACGUCUCUCAAAGGUAUUAUGCUGUCUGAAAUAGUUGAGGUUGUGAUUGACUUUGUCACUAAAAGUAGUCUCCUUUCUUACAAAGGCGACGUUCUAAACUACAUGUCUGGAUUAGAUUUGUCAUGUAACAAUCUGACAGGCAAAAUUCCUCAGAAUCUUGGAAAGUUGUUCUCCAUCCGUGCACUAAACUUGUCCCACAAUCAUCUAAUAGGGUCUAUCCCUAUUUCCUUCUCAAAUUUAGCCAAAUUGGAGAGUUUGGACCUUUCUUACAACAGUUUAAGCGGCAAAAUCCCACCAGAGAUAGUCAAUCUCAACUUUUUAGAAGUUUUCAGUGUUGCGCACAACAAUUUAUCAGGUAGAAUUCCAGACAAGGGGCAAUUCGCAACAUUUGACAGCAGCAGUUAUGAAGGAAACCCAUUUCUUUCUGGGCUACCAGUCGAGAGAAACCGCACCAAAAUCGCUGAGACACCGUCAGAUGAAAGUAAAGAACAAUGGUAUGAAAUUGAUCGCACCUUUUUCUUUGCAAGUUUUACUGGAACCUAUGUUGUCUUCCUGUUAGGUUUUGGGACUCUUCUCUACAUCAACCCUUAUUGGCGAAGGAGGUGGUUUUAUUUAAUUGAGAAUUUUCUUUAUUCCAGCUAUUACUUUGUUGUCGAUACUCUUGGCAGGUUGUCUACCAAUUUCAAUAAUUAG